GAGGGCCCGGCGCCACACGGGGGGAGUUUCUCCUCAGCGCGGGCAGGUGGGGCCGCCCCGCCGCCCGCCCCGCGUCAGCGCCGCGGGGCAGCGCGGGCAGCCCGCGGCGUUCCCGGCUCGGCCGCUGCCCCUCGCCGGCAGCCGCCGCCAGCAGCAACAGGUCCGUGCCCGCUCCUCCCUCCGCCUGCCAGGCGAACAAAGAGGCUGAGCGCGGCCCCGCGCCCGCCCGGCCCCUCCGCCAGCCCGGCCCCCGCGCUGCAGCCAUUUGCCUCGCCUGGCACCGCGGCGCUGCCUGCGCGGGGCCGUGCGCGGCGGGAGCGCCCCGAGAGGGGGAGUGCAUAUGAGGAACACUGAUAUGAAGAGAACUUCCUGAAGGUCAUGCAAAGUCAAAUUUGGCUAGUGGGGAAUCGCCUUGCAGAAUAGACUGCAGCCUCAGCCUUCCAGUGAAACAGUUGCACAAGGUGAUGGCCGCGCCGCGGCGGCCGGCAGCGCUGCGCACGGAGCGGGCGCGGCGCAGGUAGCGCGGCUCCAUGGAGGGCAGCGGCGCGGCCCCGGAGGAGGAGGAGAGCGGGGCCGCGGACGGCGCUCCCCCCCCGCCGCCGCCGCCCACGCCGGCCGCCCCCUGCGGCUUCAGCUCCUCCCUCUGCUUCAGCGCCGCCGCUGCCGAGCCGCAGCCGCCCGCGGCCGGCGGCCGAGUGGUGCAGAGCCAGUGGGAGAUCAACAACGCCGCCUGCCAGCCGGAGGAGGAGGAUGAGGAGGUGGUGGGGCCGCGGGACCGGCCGCCGGAGGAGCCCGACCUGGUGAUCGAGGUGUCGGGCCGCCGUAUUCGGGCGCACAAGUCGGUGCUGGCGGCCAAAAGUGACUAUUUUCGUGCCCGCGCCUCACGGGACGUCCUGCGGGUGAAGGGGGUGAGCUACGGGGCGCUGCGGCUGCUCAUCGACUACGUGUACACGGCCCGCAUGGGCGAGGUGCGGCACGACAACCUGGCCGAGGUGGUGAGCGGCGCCCGCGUCCUGCAGAUGCCCUGUGCCCUGCACUGUGCCGCCGAGGCCAUGCGCGCCCAGCUCUGCCUCGGCAACUGCUACCAGCUCCUCUGCCUGGCCAAGAAGCAGCGGCUGGCGGAGCUGCGGGAGGCUGCCUAUCGCUUCAUGAGCGACCAUUACCUGGAGGUGCUGCGGGAGCCCAGCGUUUACGGCCGCCUCAGUGGCGCUGAGCGGGACCUCAUCCUGCAGCAGCGCAUGGAUGCCGGCCGGCCCUGCUUGCUGGUGGCCGAGGUCAGCGACGCCUUCGAGCGGCCGGGUGGUGGCAGCCGGCCACAGAGCCGCGAGAGCAGUCGGCCACAGAGUCCCUCCUCCGUGGUGUCUCUGGAGGAGAGUGGCUCCCUCAUUCACUACUACCAGGAGGGCAGCGGUGAGUGGAGGGUGCUGACGCGCCUGCCCGAGGAGGCCAAUGCCAAGGGCUGUGCCAUGUGUGUCCUCCACAACUACCUCUUCCUUGCAGGGGGCAUUGUGACUGGGCCGGUGGGCAGCGAACCCAGGGCCCGCCUUUCCGACAAGGUCUUCUGCUACAACCCCCUGACUGACACCUGGAGCCAGGUGCGGCCGCUGGCUCAGCCCCGCUCGCAGCUCAAGCUGCUGGCCCUGGAUGGUUACCUCUAUGCUGUGGGGGGCGAGUGCCUCUUCACUGUGGAAAGGUACGACCCGCGAGCCGACCGCUGGAGCCCUGUGGCACCUCUGCCCAAGGGUGCCUUUGCUGUGGCUCACGAGGCCACCACUUGCAACGGGGAGAUCUAUGUGUCAGGAGGCUCCCUCUUCUACCGCCUGCUCAAAUACGACCCCAAGCGUGACGAGUGGCAGGAGUGCCCUUACAACAGCAGCCGCCGGCGCUCCGCUGACAUGGUGGCCUUCAAGAGCUUCAUCUACCGCUUUGAUGUGAGCAGUGGCCGUGGCGGGGAGCAGGGCCCAGGCGGCGGCACGAGCGGCGGCGUUGAAGUUUUCCGGUACAACACGGUGGCCAAGUGCUGGAGCCAGUGCGCCAGCCUGCGGCCCAGCGGCGGCCCCAUCCAGCCCUUCCGCUGUGCCCCCUUGGGCAACACCAUCUACUGCGUCAACCGGACCGGCACCCUUCGCUUCAGCCUAGCCCAGGACGGGGAGGUGGAAGCAGAUGGGGGGCUCAAGGGCACCUUUGAUGGGGAGCUUCUCAAAGCUCCCUUGGAUGCCAAGGGUGUCCUCCUACCCUUCGUGCUUACCCUGCCUGAGAGGCUGGACAAAACAGGGGACCAGGAGGGCUCCCUCCCACUGUAAGGCGGCCAGCCUGGCUCUGGCUUCCUAACAGGGGAGUUGGGUUGCAGAUCCACAAACUCCCAUCUAUAGAGGCGACCCUCUCUUGUUGUGUCUGCAGAGAAAAAGGACUUCCCCUUUCCUUCUCUCUGCUAUCAAGAUGUUGAGCUGAUUUUAACUAAGUUGUAACUCUUCACAUGUUUGCUGGGCUUUGUGUGAAAAGCCAAGCACACAAAAGUAAAAGCUGCUAUAAAGGAUAAUCUCUGGAUUAUGUUUGUGCCAAUCCCCAAUCUGAGAAAAAUGUUUUUAAACCUGAAUUUCCAAAAUAUUCUUGACAACAGUGUCAUAAUGGGACAUGAGUGUUGGUUGUGUGUUUACACAUAGUUGCAAUCUGGGCUUGGAGCCUUUUCUGUCAUUUGUGGUUUUUUCCCCCUCUGGGAUUAUACUGAGGGAUAAACAUUGCUGGCAACAUAGUUUAGCUGCAUUUGUUUUCAUGUUAAACCAACUAUUUCCUGUGUUUAAAAACUAUAGGAAGAACAUCUCCAUCACAGCCUUUCAUUUCUGGUGCAAUAGAUGGUUUAAGGAAGCUGUGGCACUGUAUUAGUCCCAGGAAUUUCAACCACAGAUGAUUUAACAGAUACCAAACUCAAUGUUUUAAGUAACACAAAUGUGAGCCACAUGUUUUACUUGGAAUGAAAAGAAAAAAAAGUCAAGUUACCUUUCUAAAAUGUGGCAUUUUAUGGUAGAUAUGAAAUGUUGAUAUGUUCUUUAAUUGAAAAAGGCAAUGUUUCUGUAUGAAAAGAUACUGUUUUAUUACUUUUCUUGAUCAGAGAUUUUGAAUUAAAAAUGAACUGAAGCUGUUCAAAUUGCAACCAAUUGACAUGACCAUGUAUGCCACUAGAGCUGGGGAAAAACUUUGUACUUCAUAUGCUCUUUAAUUAACUGCAGGUCAAGGAAGGAUAACCUAAACCAACCUGUGGCAAAAGGCCUUUCCCACUUCUUUUCAAGACCAUCAAAAGGAGACAUGGAAAAUAGGAAUGUGCUACACAUAUUGAUUAUAUUGUGCUCUAGCAUGAUGUUACUUCCCUGUCUUUUGAUUGAGAGACUGCUUUAUUUAUUUUGAACUAAUGAUUGCUGUAAUCAAUAAGUCCUUGUUAAUUGCAGUACGUGCUGAUGCCGUACGCUGUCGUUGUGAUUCUAAACUGCCCAAGAGUGCUGUUUGUGGGGCAGCAUCCAAAUGAGGCAGAACCAUACAAAACUUCUUCCUGCCUGUGGGAAGUUGGAGCACACUUUUUGUCAUGUUACUCAGAACUGGAAAACAUGAAAUGUCUACACAGACCGACUAUAUUGAAAAGGGCACAUGCAUUUAUUUUAUACAUUUUAUAUUUUAAAAAAAAUCAGUAGGCAAGGCAAAUGUUUUAGCUUUAUAGUAAAUCACUGGGAAACCUUUUCUGAAAAAAGGACCUGUGUUUUUGCUGGUACAAUGCUGUAUAUUCAGCAUGGAACUCGCAUAGACUGUGGAAGAGAAUUGUUUAUACUCAAAGCUCUAGUAUAGAUUCAUAUUUUAGAAAGACAUAGGGACCUUGCAUCGAAAAAAGCAGAUCUUUUUAUGUUUUAUUAAGAUGUUUUUGUUAAACAGGACUUUAGCAUUCUUACACAUAAUUGCUAGUUCCAAAGGAAGGCAGCAGGCUCUGUCCCACGAGACACCAUCUGUACAAAAGAGAAUAGUGAACUUCAUAGAUACUUCUUUCCUUCUCUUUAUUGUUUGGGGUUUUUUUCUCUUCUCGUUGUUGUUGCACAGGGUUUUAACGCAGCUGCUCUGGUUAGUCAUUCUACAGAAAACAGUGGUCCAGUCCUAGAAGUUCUUAGCCAAGUGAGCCUGUUCCCUAGUGAGCAAAUUAAAGCAUCAGCCAGGCAGGAGCUGUAGGCCUGUGGAGUGUAACAUUUAUCUUAGCCUCAGUACAGGCUGGUGCAGUGGAAUUUAACAUCCUUCACAGAAUAUUUGAUUUAAUUCUCAGAUGAGAAUCCUUGGAAAUAUUGACUCUAGAUUAAAUUACACCAUUGUAGCUUGAGCAGGAAAGAAAAAUUACAUGUUUGCUUUCAGCAUAAUUUUUAUGUUAACUGUAGAAAGUAUUUCAAGCUGUGUAAUGCAAGGCUUAGGUGCAUACUUAAACUAGAGAUGUAAGUGGUAGGCCAGAUUUUGAAAUCGUGGCAUCACCAGGAACACAAGGAAACAUCUGUUUUAUCUUGCAAUACGAGGAGGCAAUUUCAUCGUUCAAGGAUUUAUGUAGUAUAGUUCUUAUGCUACAGUGUAGUGAGGUGUCAAGGCAGGUUUUGCAUUUCUAUUAAUAAAGCAUUUUUAUUCUGCUAAUGCAUGAAAAUGCUCCUGAAUGAGUUUUGAGAAGUUUCCAUGGUUUAAGAUGUGACAAUAAUCCACAAAUUUUUGGGAUAGAAUGAAUCAUAUCCUUUCUUCCAGUAUUUAUUGCUGUACACUAUGAAGAAAUGCAUUUCUACAGUAGUAAGUGUUAAAAAAACCUGUAGUGGUUUGUGUUUUUGCUAGCUCCUAUUUUAAAAAAAGUUGAAUCACUUGAUUCAGUGAAAACUUACCUGCUUUCACUGUGUACACAGUGUCAGUGGGGAGAGUCUGGGCUUCAUUAGUAGCUGUCUAUCAAAUCUGUUUCCUUUGUACACUGCAUAGUCACAGCCUGAUGAUUAACAGCAGAGCCAGAUUUCCUACUCUGUGGCCUCUGUUUCCUCCCUGGAAGGCCUGAGGCAGGUUUGCUGAGAAUUGUUUUCUCCCCCAAUUCUAUCUUCACAAACUCCCCCCGCCUCCUAACUAAAACCAUAAUUUAGAUAGUCUUCAGGCAUUUAAGGACUGAAAAUGUCAUUCCAGAACUCUACAGUUUUACUUAAACCUAGCAACAACUGUCUCUUUGACAGUGGAGCUGCUGAGCACUUCCCCUCCACCCAUUUGGAGCUGCUCAGAGCAGUUCCACACCUACCUACCAAGUGGGAUAUCUAGAAACCACUGAUAUAAUAGGGUUUAAUUUAGGUACAGACCAAAAGGCCGGGCCACCCUCAAGUUGUGUUUGCCUGUGUGUUUUGCUUUUAAAACAGCCAUUUUCCCUAGAGUAGCCUGAAGUGUACCAUAUUUGCAUAGGAACAUGAAGACCUGUGUGCACUUUCUUAGCCUGCAAGCAUUCAGUCCACAUUUCCACCCUCUGAUUAUCAAUGGAUUAAAAGAACUCUUGGAGCUGGUCACAGUAGUCAUCAAGGUAGUCAUCCUCAGUGUGUGAUCUGAGACUAGCUAGAGAGACAUAGUCUGCCCUGCAGUCUUUCUUCCCCCUGAAUCCUUCAGUUCUCCCAUUUUAAUGAGACACACAAGAUAGUUGCCCUAAUUUUUCAUGGAGUAAUUUUUCCUCCCUAGACUACUUCUGUUUUCAAGGUUGUCUGCUAGAGAAUUUAGGCUUGAAUUCCCAUAAGCUUAGUGAGGACUGGACUGGGGCCUUGCAGUUUGUGUGUGAGUGCGUGCAUUGUCAAACCUCGGUGGCUGUGCAGGAGAGGUACAUUGGGACCACCUCCUGUGGCUCUUCCUCAGGGGUGAGCUUCAUGCAAAUCCUCCAGAAGCUCACACACCUCUGCAUAAAGUUCUGAGUAGAUUCCAGGCCCCACCUCCUGGAUGGGUAAUUCAGCAUAGAUUUAGUACGAGUUGAUGCAAUCAGACAUGUUUUCUUUGGAGAGCUUUUGCAGACAGGUUCUAUGUUUUGGGUUACCAGUCUGAGGUGAGCUACUCCAUGGGCUGUACUGGGAGGCCAGACAGGUAAUUUGGAUUCUUCUCAGGGGUGCCACCUUAGUAAAGAGGUGUUGCAGUACCUAACAGUGAAAUGCCUAAAGCCUUCAUUGAACUAAAACUAAAUCCUGAUUUCAAUAAAGAAGUACUAUUAACAGAUGAAACUUUUCUGUUUCUGUCUACUAACUGGUUCUGUAAAACAGAAAUCUUCAUUGCAGCAAAAUCAUGUGUACAGAUUCUGUUUACACUUGAGACUAAGUCAAAAAAGUAAUUGGCAAAAGAAUAAUCCUGUUUGAUCAAAACUGGCUCUGUUAAGCAACAUGGGGAGGAUGUUAGUCAUACCCUAGUAACAGCUAAAAAUGUGCAGUUGCUGAUGUAAAUUCUAUCCACAGAAAGUUUCUCUGUAAAUAAACAACCUGGUAAAAUUUGAAGUGAUAAGAAAGAAUAAAUUACUCACAUGAAAGCCAUA